AUGAAGACGUAUACACAAUCUUCUGAAAGACAGAAACAGAUAUACAUAAACCUUGUCCCUCACAAAAAUCCACAAUCCUCUCUACUUAACGUCAAGAAUCUAUCGAACAAAGACUUGUCUCAAGACACUAGAUCUGCGCUUGCCAAAGGUCCUAACUUCGCAGUGGCACCUAGAAAGAUUCCAAAGGAACAGAUUAUCAGCCAAAUAGAGUCAACCAUCUACCGACUUCCAGAACAAGCAGAUAAUAUCCGACAAGAGCGAUUGGCUCUCCAAGAGAUCUUAACAGGAACACAGACAUCAUCGUGCUUCCAGCCAACAAAGGCAGUAGUCAUGAACAUAUCGAACUAUAAGAAAAAGACGAAGAAUCUUCUUUUGGACAAAGCAUACAAAGCAUACAAAAAGCUUGACAAAGAUUCAAUUAAUACAAUCGCACAAAACACCAAGAUCUUAGUGGAGAAAAGUAACAUUCCCAAUAAAACCAAAUCAACAUUAAAACCCUCAAAUCCUGUUCCACCAAGACUAUACGGACUAUCAAAAGUACACAAACCAAACAUCUCCCUCAGACCGAUUGUCAGCGCCAUACACUCCCCGACAUACAAUUCAUCCCGCUUCCUGACACAAACACUACAACCCCUUACUGGAAAAUCCGAAUCACACAUAACCAACUCAACGGACUUUAUAAAAAAAGAUCUUUUUAAAAAAGAUUCAAAAAAUCCGACUACAUCCCACAAACUUGCUUUAAUAGAGCACUGUUUAACAACCACUUACUUCUCCUAUAACAAUCAAUUUUAUGAACAAACUUCAGGAGCAGCAAUGGGCUCUCCUAUUUCUCCUGUAAUUGCCAACAUCUUCAUGAAGCAUUUUGAAAAAGAGGCCCUCAGGAAAACAGCUAAGAAACCAGAAGUUUGGUUCCGUUAUGUAGACGACACACUCGUGAUAUGGAGAUACAGCAGAGCCGAACUCCGUGAAUUCCUUAUUUUCCUCAACAAUCAACACCCAAAUAUCCACUUCACUAUAGAGGAAAACGGAAAAUUCCCCCUUCCUAGAUGUUCUUGUCUCUAA